CGACUAUAUAGGACGGGUCUUCUCCUCCAUCUGGAUCCUACUUUUUCUCUCUCUUCUCUCUCCAUCAUCAACGACCAGCAAAAGCAGCUUUAACGACCAGACCAAGACACUCUCCUCUCUCUCGACUUCUUCUUGAUCAUUAUAUCCCUUCAGCAACAGCUAGUCUGGCUGAUCUCGUUUGCUUUCAUACCUACACUACUAUACACAUACCAAUUCAUCACCAUGCCUGCUUCAGUCCACUCCAACGAGCCCGUUGACGAGAUCGUCGUCACCAAGGUUGUCGAGGGCUUCUCUGCCCCCGUCCAGGAGCCAGUCGCUGCUCCAGUUGACGCUCCCGCCGCUGUCGUUGACGGCCCGGUCGAGGUCACCGUUGUCGAGACGGCUCCGGUUGUCGAGACUGCUCCAGCCACCGUCGAGGAGGUCAACGAUGUUGCUGCUGAGCCGGUCUCAGCUCCGGUCGUCUCUGCUGACGAGAUCUUCGAGAAGCCAACCGCCCCAGCUCCAGUUGAGGAUGCAAAGGAGAAGGAACUCGAGUCUGGAUACGCCAGCGGCUCCGGAUCUGCCGUUGCCAACGAAGAACCCAUCCCGGAGCUCAUCUUCACCAAGCAGCACCUUCAAUUCCUCAACCAGAGACUCCAGUUCCUCGAGCCACAGGACAUCCUCAAGUGGUGUGUGACUUCUCUGCCUGGUCUGUUCCAGUCGACCUCUUUCGGUCUCACUGGCCUCGUCAUCCUGGACAUGCUCUCCAAGCUUGACAUCCCCCGCCACCAGCAGGUAGACCUCAUCUUCUUCGACACCCUGCACCACUUCCAGGAGACCAUCGAUCUCCGUGACGGUAUCCAAAAGGACUACCCCCACCUCAACCUCCACAUCUACGGUCCGGCGGGCUGCUCCAACGCUGCCGAGUUUGCCGCCAAGCACGGCGAGAAGCUCUGGGAGACCAACGACGAGCUCUACGACUGGCUGGCCAAGGUUGAGCCUGCUCAGCGCGCCUACCGCGAGCUCGGUGUCACCGCCAUGCUCACCGGGCGCCGCCGCAGCCAGGGCGCUAAGCGCGGAAACAUGAACAUCAUCGAGGUCGACGAGGCCGGUCUCAUCAAGAUCAACCCCCUGGCCAACUGGACCUUCGAGCAGGUCAAGGAAUACGUCAACCGCCGCAACCUCCGAUACAACGCCCUUCUCGACCGGGGCUACAAGUCCGUCGGUGACUGGCACUCCACCCAGCCCGUUGCCCAGGGUGAGGACGAGCGUUCCGGCCGAUGGAAGGGCCAGGCCAAGACCGAGUGCGGCAUCCACAACCCCCGAUCCAAGUACGCCCAGUUCCUCAUGGAACAGGAGCGAAAGAAGCAGGAGGAGGUCAUCAACCAGGCCCUCCACAUCUCCGUCUAA